CCUGGGCGGUUCUGUUUGGGGAGCUUUGCCGCGGGUCCCUGAAACAAUUGAGGGCGCUGCGGGGGAUGCCCUGGGACCUGUUCGUUCUUCUUCGGGCUACAAGAAGGCAGAUGAUGAGAUGUCCCGGGCCACGUCUGUUGGGGACCUGCUGGACGCACCAGCCCGCACCAUUUACCUCAACCAACCGCAUCUCAACAAAUUCCGUGACAACCAGAUCAGUACGGCCAAGUACAGCGUGUUGACGUUUCUACCUCGAUUCUUGUACGAGCAGAUCAGGAGAGCUGCCAAUGCCUUCUUCCUCUUCAUUGCCUUAUUACAGCAAAUUCCAGAUGUUUCUCCAACAGGAAGAUAUACCACCCUGGUGCCAUUGAUCAUUAUUUUAACAAUCGCAGGCAUCAAAGAGAUUGUAGAAGAUUUUAAGCGACAUAAGGCAGACAAUGCAGUUAACAAAAAGAAAACGAUAGUGUUAAGGAAUGGUAUGUGGCAUACCAUUAUGUGGAAAGAGGUAGCCGUGGGAGACAUCGUGAAGGUCGUCAACGGGCAGUGUCUUCCCGCAGAUGUGGUCCUGCUGUCCUCCAGUGAACCUCAGGCAAUGUGUUAUGUUGAAACAGCCAAUCUCGAUGGGGAGACGAACCUUAAAAUACGUCAGGGUGUGAGUCACACGGCUGACAUGCAGGUGAGGGAGGUGCUGAUGAAGUUGUCUGGGAGCAUAGAGUGUGAAGGGCCCAAUCGCCACCUCUACGAUUUCACCGGAAACUUGAACUUGGAUGGGAAAAGCCCUGUUGCCCUUGGGCCUGACCAGAUCUUAUUAAGAGGUACACAGCUUAGAAAUACUCAGUGGGUCUUUGGCAUAGUUGUUUAUACUGGACACGACACCAAACUCAUGCAGAAUUCCACCAAAGCACCUCUCAAGAGGUCGAAUGUUGAGAAAGUAACUAAUGUGCAGAUCCUGGUGCUCUUUGGCAUACUCCUGGUCAUGGCCUUGGUGAGCUCGGUGGGAGCCCUGUACUGGAAUGGGUCUCAAGGAGGAAAGAACUGGUACAUCAAGAAGAUGGACACGAGCUCAGACAAUUUUGGAUAUAACUUGUUGACGUUCAUCAUCUUGUACAACAAUCUGAUUCCCAUCAGCCUGCUGGUGACCCUCGAGGUUGUCAAGUACACACAAGCCCUCUUCAUAAACUGGGACACAGAUAUGUAUUAUCUAGGAAAUGACACUCCUGCCAUGGCCAGGACGUCAAACCUUAAUGAAGAGCUUGGGCAGGUAAAAUACCUGUUUUCUGACAAAACUGGAACUCUUACAUGCAAUAUCAUGAAUUUCAAGAAGUGUAGCAUUGCUGGGGUAACCUAUGGUCAUUUUCCAGAAUUGACAAGGGAGCCAUCAUCAGAUGAUUUCUGCCAGAUACCUCCUCCGCCUAGUGACUCGUGUGACUUUGAUGACCCCAGGCUCUUGAAGAACAUUGAGGAUCAUCAUCCCACAGCCCCCUGCAUCCAGGAGUUCCUCACCCUCCUGGCCGUGUGCCACACCGUGGUCCCCGAGAAGGACAGAGACAACAUUAUCUACCAGGCCUCCUCCCCAGAUGAAGCUGCUUUGGUGAAAGGGGCUCGGAAGCUGGGCUUCGUCUUCACAGCCAGAACGCCCUACUCUGUCAUCAUAGAGGCCAUGGGACAGGAGGAGACAUUUGGAAUCCUUAACGUCCUGGAGUUUUCUAGCGACAGAAAAAGGAUGUCUGUAAUUGUGCGAACCCCUUCAGGACAGCUUCGACUCUAUUGUAAAGGGGCUGAUAAUGUGAUUUUUGAGAGGCUUUCUAAAGAUUCAAAAUACAUGCAGGAAACACUCUGCCAUCUGGAGUAUUUUGCCACGGAAGGCUUGCGGACCCUCUGUGUGGCUUACGCCGACCUCUCUGAGAGUGAUUAUGCGGAGUGGCUCAAAGUCUACCAAGAAGCCAGCACCAUCUUGAAGGACAGAGCUCAGCGGCUGGAAGAGUGUUACGAGAUCAUCGAGAAGAAUCUGCUGCUGCUUGGAGCCACAGCCAUAGAAGAUCGUCUUCAGGCAGGCGUGCCAGAAACCAUAGCAACUCUGUUGAAGGCAGAAAUUAAAAUAUGGGUGUUGACAGGCGACAAACAAGAAACUGCAAUUAACAUAGGCUAUUCCUGCCGGUUGGUGUCACAGAACAUGGCCCUUAUCCUACUGAAGGAGGAUUCUUUGGACGCCACGCGGGCAGCCAUUACUCAGCACUGCGCUGACCUUGGGAGUCUUCUGGGCAAGGAGAACGACGCGGCCCUCAUCAUUGACGGGCACACCCUGAAGUACGCGCUGUCCUUCGAGGUCAGGAGAAGCUUCCUGGACUUGGCCCUCUCGUGCAAAGCGGUCAUAUGCUGCAGAGUGUCCCCUCUGCAGAAGUCGGAGAUAGUGGAGGUGGUGAAGAAGCGGGUGAAGGCCAUCACCCUGGCCAUCGGGGACGGUGCCAAUGACGUCGGGAUGAUCCAGACGGCCCACGUGGGUGUGGGCAUCAGUGGCAACGAGGGCAUGCAGGCCACCAACAACUCGGAUUACGCCAUCGCACAGUUUUCCUACUUGGAGAAGCUCCUGCUGGUUCACGGCGCCUGGAGUUACAACCGGGUGACCAAGUGUAUCCUGUACUGUUUCUACAAGAACGUGGUCCUCUACAUCAUAGAGCUUUGGUUCGCCUUUGUUAAUGGAUUUUCUGGGCAGAUUUUAUUUGAACGUUGGUGCAUCGGCUUGUACAACGUGAUUUUCACGGCGCUGCCCCCCUUCACUCUGGGCAUCUUCGAGAGGUCAUGUAGCCAGGAGAGCAUGCUGAGGUUCCCGCAACUCUACAGGAUCACCCAGAACGCCGAGGGCUUCAACACCAAGGUUUUCUGGGGUCACUGCAUCAACGCCUUGGUCCACUCCCUCAUCCUCUUCUGGUUUCCCAUGAAAGCGCUGGAGCACGAUACUGUGUUGGCCAAUGGUCAUGCCACAGACUAUUUAUUUGUUGGAAAUAUCGUUUAUACGUAUGUUGUUGUUACUGUUUGCCUGAAAGCUGGUUUGGAGACCACAGCUUGGACAAAAUUCAGUCACCUGGCCGUCUGGGGAAGCAUGCUCAUCUGGCUGGUGUUUUUUGGCAUCUACUCAACCAUCUGGCCCACCAUUCCCAUCGCUCCAGACAUGAAAGGACAGGCAACCAUGGUCCUGAGCUCUGCACACUUCUGGCUGGGAUUAUUUCUGGUUCCUACCGCGUGUCUGAUGGAAGAUGUGGUGUGGAGAGCGGCCAAGCACACCUGCAAAAAAACACUGCUGGAGGAGGUGCAGGAGCUGGAGAGGAAGUCCAGGGUGAUGGGAAGAGCAGUGCUCCGGGACAGUGACGGAAAGAGGACCAACGAGCGAGACCGGCUGCUCAAGAGGCUGGGCAGGAAGACGCCGCCCACCCACUUCCGGGGCGGUUCCCUCCAGCAGUCAGUGCCACAUGGAUACGCCUUCUCGCAAGAGGAGCACGGAGCCGUGACUCAGGAAGAAAUAGUUCGCGCCUACGACACCACCAAACAGAAAUCCAGGAAGAAGUAAGACGUGGUCUCCCGAUGGAGCCUCAGAAAGAGACGCGUUUGCUGCACCCAGUGUUAACACGUGUUUGUCAGAAGAGACGGGUGUCAGUGGCCAAAACACCAGAAACACAUCCCGUGGCCUUAGCGCACCCGUUUGUUAGUUCUCAAUGCCCUCGCAAACCUGGACACGGGCCGCAGGGGAAGCCACUUUCCCCCUUCCCACUCGUCCAUCCGCAGUGCUUGGCCUGACUUUUGUUUACGCUGUUGCAAAGCAUUCAACUGUGCCCUGUGAGGUGUGAAAUUAAAAACAUUAUGUUCCACCAGUAUUUCAACAUCAGUCCCGGCGGUUCUGGGAGAAGACAGAGUGGGUUUCAUGGUGCAUGAGAAACCCACCUGGUGGGGCUGCAGCAGGCACGCCGACUUCCUGUGUUGUCAACCCACAGAUUCGGUCCGCGGUCAGCGUGUAAACCUCACUGGAGGCAAGCUGCCAGCUUGCUUUGAUUCCCCCCUUUGUUUGUAUGAAGUUGGCAUAAACGUCCUGAUUGCAGUGAAAUCACAAACAUAGGUAUCUGGGUGGUACACCUGAGAACGACUAUUGGAACCUCAGUCACAUUCCCAGCAGGGCAGGCCCGUCGGGGUCCCCAUGGUCCCUGCACCCUUGCUGCCCGGGCGCCCCGCGCUCAGACCUGCUGCAUGGCUCUUCCCACGCUUGGUGCGCGGCGGCAGCGGGCACCCGCCCAGACCCCCGCCCUCCCUGCUUCUCCCCAGAUUCAGAUAUGGAUGCGAGAAACCCCUUCCUCCAUAACUAGAGAAACAUAGUGAUUCGCGUAGAUUCUAAGUGUCUGUUCUAUCUGCCUCUUUCUGACGACAGGGGUGCCUGCAGGUCAGGGCAAUGGUGGAGCCGCUGGGGCCCUGCCCGCCCUGGACAGGCUCUCAAAACUCAUUUCCCGGCCUCCAGACCCCUGGACCUGGGCACCUGCUUAAAUUAGAACGCACGCUUGUUCUCUUGGGCGCUCAGAGCACAUUUUGCCUUUUGAGUGAAUUCAUAGCACAUCUCCCCAGCGAAGGAGUACACCUGUCGCUCCACAAUCGGAGCCGAUGAGUAACCCAGUGGGGAGAGGGAGGGCCCCCAAGGCUGCUGAGGAAGACGACCGUUGGAGGGAAGCAAGGGCACAGAGACACUUUUUGCAAAUCUCAGUAGAAAUUUCUGAAAUCAAGCGCUGAAGCCCAGACAGUUGUCAUGAUCAGCCUCAGGUGUCCACGGACGCGUGGUUUUCAGUGAACAGAAGUCCAAACAUUUCAAGGAAACGGCCUUCCUUACGUUGACAGGUUUUCCUUCCUUAUCCAGCCAGGGCUAGACACAGGCAGCUCUCUGCACGUGAGGGGCCCUGAAUCUCAGACGAGGAAGGGGAGUGCCGAGUCCCUGACUUUGAACCACGGAGUCCCACGUUCUGAACGUGGACCGAACCCGGAUGCCUUGGGGCGGGAAAGCGGCACCUGGAGCCCUUCAUAAACGCCCAGUCUGGAGGCACGUCCUCUGCUCGCAGCUUUGGCGGCUGAACCAGAUUUUUGUAUCUGGCUUAACAUCAAUACUUCUGGGCAGCUGCUGCUGCUUAAAACGGCACGGUCCCUCUGGGGAGGGCUGAGCUAAAUUAGGAAGUAAAACAACAGGGCAUUUUGCUUUCUCCCCAUCAUUUCGAGCACCCGCAUCUCACUGGGCAUGGAGGUAAUUUAGAGUAUGAUUUGCGUGGACCACAAAAACGAAUCCCCCGCUCGUGAGGUGACGGGGACCUAGAGGGGGAUCCAGGGCAAGCAGAACAAUGCAGCGAACAGGCAAGUCCAGGUGCCACUCCUGCCUCCCCAAGGUCUAAGACAUUUUAAACACUAGAGCACCCAGCAAGAUGAGCGGUUGAAGGACCGUCGUGCAGGAAUCACAACAGAAUAUGUGCCUGUGAUUAACACAGCAAAGCAAGGUGGACGCCUUCCCUGCACACGCAGAGGAUGAAGUCCUGAGUACAGAGGAGAAACAAACGUUCUCACUGAGUCCUGUUAGGCAUCCUGACGAUUUAGUUUCAUUUGGGAACUAAGCCUAGUUGGAAAAGGGAACUCAAACUCAAUUCUCUGUCGAACACUUGGCUCAUUCUUGAACUUAAAGCCUUCCAAAUCAGAUUUGUGAAUUACAGUGUGCACUUAGCUGGGGCUUUUUGGUUUUCAUUUUUUACAUUAAAAUACAGUUCAGAUUUUUCUGAGUUUUUUACGUCUAUUUUCCAGUUCCCUUGAGAAGUAGACUAAACAGUCUUUGCAGUCAUGAAAUAUGCACACAGAAGAAAGCAUUAGAGGGAUGCCUUUCUAUUUAUUCUCUCCUGUGAUUAAGCUACCUUGUAGCCAAAUGACUAAAUUGGGUUUCUAGGAGGAGCAGCUGUCACUACGUGUGAUGUAUCAUGUUCAGCCGGGCCGACUCGGGGGUUGUGUCAUUUGUCCUAUCUUUAAACUGAGGUCAGAGUGUCACACACAAGCGCUCCCCCGGGGAGUAGGGUGGGCCAGACUUAAGCUGCACACUGUCAGCUCAGUGGAGAUGCCACCUGGGACUUGUCACUCUGCAACACAGAAAAUGACACACGGGCUAGCAGGUCGGCACCGCGGGGCCAGACUCUGGAUUGGGCUGAAGUGGCAGAUUCCACUCAGGGCCAGUGGUCUAGCCUGUUUCUAUGCAGAAUAUUCCAGGCUUCUUGACCAGUUUUACAUUCUCCCGUCUCCCAACCCACACACAAAACCUGUGCUGUGGAGAAAGGAGAUGCCAUUUCUUUAACAUUUGGAGUGAUACCCUAACACGCGAGCCUGGGCUUUAGCAGAUCACGGCUGAGAGCUCUGCUGGCCUUUUCUUUUCCCUGACAAGGCUUUAAGUCUUGCUGUAGGGAGCUGGCAGUGAGAAUCUGUAAUCACUUGUCAAGAAACAGUGAAUAAUGAAAAAGUAAGUGUACGUAACUAAUAUCUGAAAAUGCAUAUGAACAUAUAUCACAGACUACGGUUGGAUUUUUUUUUUUCUUAAAGAAAGCUCUAGUCUAUAAUCUCACUGUUAAAACAAUGACCCUUUAUCUUUUUGAACCAUAAGGAAGAGAAUAUUCUAUCAUAUUCCUGCUCCUGGAGAUUUAUGCCUUAGACCACAGGUUGAACAGAAUGUUUGCAAAACUCUGCUGUAGGAUAAGGUAGUCCUUGGUUUUGAACAUGUGAAAGAACUACACACAGUUCAGCCAGGGUUUGAAUUACUGCCCAGGGUCAUUGCCCCAAAGUAAUUCAAGGAGUGAUUUAGGCUCAGCAUUUGAAAUGUAGCCUUUAUCUCCGGGGAUCCAUAAAAUAAAAAACUUGAACAGGGAAAAAAAACUGUGGUUAAGCAGAGCCUGAAAUAAUAAUAUGGCAAAGAAAUGAGUUAUCAGGUCAAGUUAAAGGAUGGCAUCCCCCAUGGUAUUCACUAAAUACUUUCUUCAUGCAUAUGCUUAAAUUAGAAAGUAUAAUAGUGAUGGAGAUAGUGAAAAUAAAGCACCCCCUCCAAAAAAAAAAAGGAAUACAGCAGUUGACUUUGAGGCUGGUUCUUCACUGGCUCAAGGCAGUUCUUGGUCUCUGUCAGCCUUGGGGGAGAUUAUUUCACCUCACAUUUGCCAUCUUUCCAUCUUGAAGAGCUAGGAGAACAGGUAGAAGAUUUUCCAGUGGGUCUCAGAGGUCAGGACCCAAGUUUCUGUGUAAUGACGUAUUAAUAAGUGUUCUUCCCAAAAGGAACAGACCUGGGAUACUCGACUUGAUGUGUUGGACUCUUUGUUGAGUUUUUUUUCAGCAUCCCCAACUGUCCACCACCCACUUCCAUUCUCUUUUACAAGAGCUCCAUUUUAAUGCCGGACUUCCAACUUGGACUGUUUAAAGCACUCUUGGUUUGUUGGGUCUGAGUGAGGGGUGAAGGGAAAUCCUCUCAGCGGGAAGAAAGGUCUCUGAGCCCACAGAGCUCUCAGGGGCCAGAGCUAAGAAACCAGUGGGACUGGAGAAGAGGGGCAAGCUCCCCCGUUUCCCCACACCAAGCAUAACCCACAGCUGUCACCCUGCAGAGCACCUCUGCUCCCCUGACCCAGGGGAGACAAGAGAGCCAUUCUUCUUACACCCAGGCUGGCUCAUUUUCAAGUGACAAUCUCUUGCCCUAGUUGCCUUAGAGAUAUCUACACCCAGGCAUCAGACCAAGAAAAACAAGCUCCCAAGAUUAGCCCAACGGCAUUUCUCCCGACCUGGCUACGGAAAGGAGACCUGUUCGUUUUAAAAGUCGGGAACAAAGUGUCAGGUGGCUUUGAUUUACAACAGCAAGAGGAAGAAGAAAGUUGAAGGAAUGGCGCUAUCCAAAUAACCCUGCCCAGGAAACCCAGGGGUCAAGAGAGCUUAUCGAGAGCCUUUCACAGGCCAGCUCGACAGUGUUGAGAAAGGGCCAGAAGGAGGAGGGACGCCUGAAGAUCAGGAUGUGAACCCACUUCCGAGGGGACUGGAGUCGGUCGUAUUCCUAAAGACAGCUGGGCGUGCAGCUGCAGGUAGCUCAGUAAACACCCGGUACAGAAUUGAGAAGGAAAAAUCUGCCCUGUCAUACAGAGUUUCCCUCCUUCCAACGAGAUCCCUGCACCACGGAACACUUUUUCGGUUUUUCAUUAAUAAACUCAAUCCAAGUCCUGACGCUCUCGCUCCACCCUCCCUCUCCCGCGUCACUGAACUGGGAGGCCUGCUGGGCCACUGCCCCCCCAGCCUCCCCCCAGGGCCUGCAGCCUCAGCGGGCGACGCAUCGUUCCUGGGCUGCUGUCUGCGCGUGCCAUCCUUGUGGUGUCUUCCUCACGCGGGCAAAGCCACGUGCUCUCCUGUCUGCUGUCACAUCUGCGCUCGCAUCGCUGAAAUACCGUUUGCGCCAGGGAGGUUUUAAUCUGGCUCUGCAGAGGGAAGGGGGCAGUGGAGGCACGUUUAAUUGGCUCCCAGCAGAGCGGGCGGUGGCGGGGGGAGCUUUUUUAUGGCGUCUGGGGGUUCUGUUCCCUCCCUCUAGAAGUGUUACCAUGUUCACAUCCUAUUAACGUCCUCUGGCUGUUAAAUUACAGCAGCACAGAACAGUGGAGCUGGGUUCCCUCCUGGAGUGAAUGCAGAUGAAGGGCAUUUUCCUGGUGUUUUUAGGGGGUUUGGAAAAUGUAGUGAUUCGUGGCUUUAAUCAGUCCGUUGACUGGUGUAUGUCUGC